CCAAAAACAAGCGUAUGCUUACAGUGGUCGCUGACAAUUGUCAAACAGUUUUGAGUUUCAUUCUCAUAGAAAACUCAAAAAAAAAUAGCAAUUUGCAGUUUAUUUUGUAAACAAUGGCUGAUCCACUUAGUUUAUUACGGCAAUAUAAUAUAAAAAAGCGUGAAAUUAUCGAACGCGAAGGACAAAUUAUAUUUGGUGAAUUUUCGUGGCCGAAAAAUGUGAAAACCAACUAUCUAAAAUACGGUUCGGGCAAAAAAGGAGCACCACCAGAAUAUUAUACAUUGGAAUGCUUGUUGUACUUGUUGAAAAAUGUAUUGCUUCAGCAUUCGGUGUAUGUGCGUCAGUGCGCUGCCGAAGAUAUUCCAGCGGUAAAUCGUCCCGAUCGUAAAGAGCUAUUGGCUUAUCUGAAUGGUGAUACAGCGACGUGUGCUAGCAUUGACAAAAGUGCACCGUUGGAAAUUCCAACACAAGUGAAGCGUCCACUUGAAGGCGAUGGUUUGGAAAAUAUUGCCAAAAAAGCGCGCUAUGAAGAUACACAAGUGCAAAAAGUGCGUGAACAGUUGGCGGCACGUUUGGAACAAACCACAAAAGAGGUGGCUGUCAAUCUUGACAACAUCAAAUCGCUGUCAGAGGCGAUGUCAGUGGAAAAAAUUGCGGCCAUCAAAGCCAAACGUUUAGCUAACAAACGUACCACAAUCAAGCGAAACGAUAAUGACGAUGCGAUGGGCACCGAUCUUCGUGCCAUUCUUGAUUUUGAUGUCGAUUCCACAAAAGAUAUCAUCAGUCGAGAGCGUCAAUGGCGUACACGAACCACAAUUUUACAAAGUACCGGGAAAAUGUUUGCAAAGAACAUUUUCGCCAUUUUGCAAGGCAUCAAAAAUCGCGAAGAAGGACGAUCGCGACCGAUGCAGCCACAGAAUCGUUUACCUGAACCGGCACGUAUCAUUCGGCCAACACCACAGCCUGCACAGUACAAUCGGUACGAUCAGGAACGUUUCAAUCGGCAAAAAGAGGAGACGGAAGGUUUCAAAAUCGAUACUAUGGGCACAUAUCAUGGUAUGUCGCUGAAAUCGGUGACAGAUGGUUCGGCGAUGCAGAAAAAACAACAGAUCGCAAUGAUGCCACCCGGUCGACCGAAAGACAUCAAUCCGGUGCACCAAGGAAUGAAUGCACCACAGCAAGGCAACAAACGACCGUCACGUACACCAAUCAUUAUUAUACCCGCUACAAAUACUAGUUUAAUCAGCAUGUACAAUGCAAAAGAUAUUCUGCAAGACCUUCGAUUCGUUACGACGGACGAAAAGAAAAAGCAAGGUGGCAUUCGUGAAAAUGAAAUUCUACUGCAACGUCGCAAAGAUGGAAAUGUUACGGUGCCAUAUCGUGUCAUUGACAAUCCGUCGAGGUUGUCGCCACAAGAUUGGCAUCGUGUUGUUGCUGUGUUUGUCAUGGGACCCGCAUGGCAAUUCAAAGGUUGGCCUUGGAAUGGAAAUCCCGUCGAAAUUUUCGCACAAAUUUGCGCGUUUCACUUGCGAUUCGACGAAAUGAAAUUGGACGCGAAUGUUGCACGUUGGGCUGUCACAGUAUUGAAUCUGUCACGAACCAAACGGCAUUUGGACCGAGCUGCACUAAUGACAUUCUGGGAACGCUUGGAUAGUUACAUGUUGAAAAACAAACCCGAUCUUCGAUACUAAAUCCAUUUCAUGUUCAACAAUAGAAAACACAGCAAAAAAAAUUAUCCUUACGACUUCUACUUAUUUGACAAUUUGAAUUGUAUUCAUGUAGCAUAUAGCUUCUGUUCUCUCCCGAAAAACAUUAAAAAUUGAAAUUCCAUUGCAAUUGAAAUCGAUUGAAAUGUUCUCUCUGUACACAACAUUUCAAUGACAACCCUUAAUUGAUUUCUAAGACGACCAAACUACAUAGGAAUGCAUCUAAUAAAUAAUUAUGUAAUAAUUAAAAA